GUGGGCUGGGCGCCUCCGCCGGUUCGUCUACCCUUCCCCUCGGCCGCCUCCUUUCAACCUUGUCCGCCGGUUGGCGCGGUCUCCGUCACAGCGGCGGCCGCUCCUGUCGUUAGCUGCGGCUCCUCUCCCUCCGUCCCCGCCCCACCAGGUCCCGGGGUCGGCCCAGCCAUGGCUCUACUCACGGCGGCAGCCCGGCUCCUGGGAGCCAAGAAUUCAUCCUGCCUUGUUUUUGCUGUCCGGCAUGCCAGUUCUUCCACGAAUUUGAAAGAUGUACUGAGCAAUCUGAUACCUAAGGAGCAGGCCAGAAUUAAAGCCUUCAGACAGCAACAUGGGAAGACGGUGGUGGGCCAGAUCACUGUGGACAUGAUGUAUGGUGGCAUGAGAGGCAUGAAAGGACUUGUGUAUGAAACAUCAGUUCUUGAUCCUGAUGAGGGCAUCCGUUUCCGAGGCUACAGUAUCCCUGAAUGCCAGAAACUGCUGCCUAAGGCUAAGGGUGGGGAAGAACCCCUACCUGAGGGCUUAUUUUGGCUGCUGGUGACUGGAAAGAUGCCAACAGAGGGACAGGUAUCUUGGCUCUCACAAGAAUGGGCGAAGAGGGCAGCUCUGCCUUCUCAUGUGGUCACCAUGCUGGACAACUUUCCAAAUAACCUGCACCCCAUGUCUCAGCUCAGUGCAGCCAUCACAGCCCUCAACAGUGAGAGUAACUUUGCCCGGGCAUAUGCAGAGGGGAUCAACCGAACCAAGUACUGGGAGUUGAUUUAUGAAGACUGUAUGGACCUAAUUGCCAAGCUACCUUGUGUUGCAGCAAAGAUCUACCGGAAUCUUUACCGGGAAGGCAGCAGCAUUGGGGCCAUUGACUCUAAGCUGGACUGGUCCCACAAUUUUACCAACAUGUUAGGCUAUACUGAUGCACAGUUCACUGAGCUUAUGCGUUUGUACCUCACCAUUCACAGCGACCAUGAGGGUGGUAAUGUAAGUGCCCACACAAGCCACCUGGUGGGCAGUGCCCUUUCAGACCCUUACCUGUCCUUCGCAGCAGCCAUGAACGGGCUGGCAGGGCCUCUCCAUGGACUAGCGAAUCAGGAAGUGCUCGUCUGGCUAACACAGCUACAGAAGGAAGUUGGCAAAGAUGUAUCAGAUGAGAAGUUACGAGACUACAUCUGGAAUACACUCAAUUCAGGACGGGUUGUCCCAGGAUAUGGUCAUGCAGUACUGAGGAAGACUGACCCCCGAUAUUCCUGUCAGAGGGAGUUUGCUCUGAAACACCUGCCUAACGACCCCAUGUUUAAGCUGGUUGCUCAGCUCUACAAGAUUGUGCCCAAUAUCCUCUUGGAGCAAGGGAAGGCCAAGAACCCUUGGCCCAACGUAGACGCUCACAGUGGGGUGCUGCUGUAA